AUGUCUACAGAACCACCCCCCUUUGCCAUUGAUGCCAUCACGGUCAUCUCCUUCGUUUUUAUGCUUGCCCUUCUCAUAGUGGCAUAUCUAAUUUCGUUGUCUGCUCUCCCAAAGAGCUCUAAUUUCACCAUCCGUUUCAUCUUCAUCUGGCAUCUAUUCGACGCUCUUACACACUUAAUCCUCGAGGCCAGCUUUCUUUACCAUUCCUUCUUCUCAUACACGCCUGAUCGGAAACACUACGGUGCACAGUAUUCAAGUGCUCCAUUCGCCCUCAUCUGGCAGGAAUACGCUAAAGCCGACUCACGCUGGGCAGUCGCCGACCCUGUCGUUGUUGCGAUUGAACUACCAACUGUACUACUCGAAGGACCUGGAGCAGCGUAUAUCUGCUACUUGUUGGCAAAGGGAUCGCCGAAUGUGUGGUUUUGGAUCUUGGUGGUUGCGGUCGGCGAGAUCUAUGGAGGAUGGAUGACAUUUGCGCCAGAGUGGCUAACUGGAAGUCCGGCACUGGAGACGAGCAACUUCAUGUACAAGUGGGUCUACUUGUUCUUCUUCAAUAUGCUCUGGGUUUGGGUACCUGGUUGGUUGUGCUGGGUCAGCUACAGCGAAAUUGCGAAAGGUCUGGGGCUUGCGAAGAGGCAAGAGCAAGGAAAGAAGGCACUAUAG